ACAUUCCUCAUUGCAGAGUUGUUUGUACAAACUCCAAAGAGCUGUUCUAUAUAUCCAGGGUUUGUCAACUCUUCUUCUUCAUGGACAGCUCAUUUUCUUUCAGCUCUUGCAUGAUUUUAUGUUUGGUUCUUGUUCUGGGGAGUGCUCUUGCUCCUCAAGCUGAGGCUAGGGCUUUCUUUGUUUUUGGAGACUCGCUCGUUGAUAGUGGCAACAAUGACUACCUAGCCACCACAGCUCGAGCGGACAAUCCGCCUUAUGGGAUUGACUAUCCGACUCACCGCCCCACAGGCCGCUUCUCUAACGGCCUUAACAUACCCGACAUUCUUAGUGAACAAAUAGGGUCAGAACCCACAUUACCAUAUCUAAGUCCAGAGUUGACUGGAGAUAGACUACUUAUUGGUGCGAACUUUGCUUCUGCUGGAGUUGGAAUUCUCAAUGAUACCGGAUUUCAAUUUCUGAACAUAAUAAGGAUAUUUAAGCAAUUGGAGUUCUUUCAGCAGUACCAAACAAGGGUGAGUAGAUUAAUAGGGCCAGCAGAGACACAGACAUUGGUAAGCCAAGGACUUGUUCUGAUCACCCUCGGAGGCAACGACUUUGUAAACAACUACUACCUGGUCCCCUUCUCCGCUAGAUCUCGCCAAUUCUCUCUUCCCGAUUACGUCCGUUAUCUCAUCUCCGAAUACCGCAAAGUUCUCGUGAGGCUAUAUGAAUUGGGGGCUCGACGGGUCCUUGUGACGGGCACUGGACCGUUGGGAUGCGUGCCAGCGGAAUUGGCACAGCGGAGCAGGACGGGGGAGUGUGUGGUGGAGUUGCAGCGGGCGGCGGGGUUGUUCAACCCACAACUUAUUCAGAUGGUGAAUGGACUCAACAGCCAAAUUGGAUCUACUGUCUUUAUAGCUGCUAAUGCACAACGAAUGCACAUGGAUUUCAUUUCCGAUCCUCAAGCUUAUGGGUUUGUCACCUCAAAGAUAGCAUGUUGUGGGCAAGGACCAUACAAUGGGCUUGGGCUUUGCACACCUCUCUCCAACUUGUGCCCUAACAGAGACAUCUAUGCAUUUUGGGAUCCAUUCCAUCCAUCUGAGAGGGCUAACAGGUUUGUUGUUCAACAGAUCUUGACUGGCUCCACCAACUACAUGUCCCCUAUGAACCUCAGCACCAUCCUUGCCUUGGACUCCACCACCUAAAAUACCUAGUCUUUUUCUCGGGAUUUUCUGCUCCAAAUUUCUCAGUUCCCAUGUCUCAAAAUAUUUGCAUUGAAUCAUGUUUCAAUAUUCUCGCACCUUAGAAUUCUCAUAUGACUCAAUUGUUGUGAGUGUUAGGGAUAAGAGAUGGAAAAUUUAGGAAUAGAGGAUCCCUGACCCUAAUUUUCUAUCUUUUGUUCGAAUUGUUAGUAUAAUGUCAUAAGUGCUUAUAUGUGAUAUUUUAAUAGUGAUGUUUGUUUGUUUGUUUGUUUGUCUGUCUAAAAGUGAUGAAAGUAGAGUGUGAUAUUUCAAUUUUUAUGUCUGUUUAGUAAUUAAUUGUUCAAUGAGAGUAAGCAAUUUGUCA